AUGGGGGACAUGGGAUGGCUGAAGGGUGAUAAUUUAGUUAAGAUUGAAUUGUUUAGAUAUUGGAAUAGACUUAAACUCAACGAUAAUAUUCUUUGUAAAACUGUACAUAAAUGGGCCAGUAGACGAAAGUCUUCCUGGGAUCACCGAGUAUUAAGUAUUGGUCGAGAACUACAUGUAUUAAAUGAUCAAAGCGACACUGUAUGUAUUGAUGAUGUGUGGGAUAGUCUAUGGAAGUGGGUGUUUGAAAGUGAAGUAGAAAGAGAUGAUAGCUUUUUAGAAAAAGAGGACUUGAUGAUAUUAUUAAAUGAGACCCAUUCUGAUGCUAAUGUUCGAGAGACUAUAUUUGGGUAUCCAAGCUACCCUCUGUAUCAUGAUAUUGGUAAUAUGUUACAGCAGUGGCUGGAAACCAGAUCUUGUCCAGUUUUAGAAUUACCAAAAUAUGAUCUACUGGAUGAACAGAGCUACACAGAAUUUAGAGCGGUAAUGAUUAUAUCAAUAACACCAUUAUUAGAUGGUUUAAAAUCAUUGUGGUCAUUGUGGACUAGAGAUGAGAGGAAAUUCAGAAUUAGAGAAAUAUUGAUGUUACUUGGUAAGAGAGGAAUCAUGGAUUUAUUGGGUAUCAGAAAAACAGUUGGAACUAAAGAAAUGUUUCCACCAUCAAGACAAGCUUUACUGGAAUCAUUCCAAGAGAAACAUUCAGCCAAGUCUCAGUUGGGAGUAGGAGCUAGGGCGUUAGCUAAACAUUACCAUAGAGAUGAAGGCAUGUCCUGGUGGGGACAAUGUACUGGUACUGAAGCAGCCAAAAAUGCUGAUGCUUUGCGAAUAGUAAAUAAAAUAUUAGAUGGUGCAACUUGGAUCAAUAUACAUUGGUUACCACAAGAUGUAUUUGUGAUUGAAGUAAGGCAGGAAGAAGGUUAUGGAGCGAGAUGGAAUGCAGAUGGAAGUGGUUUCCGUGGAUUUCUGGAGCCACAAAUGGUUGAUGGUCAUGAAAUUGGAUGGAGACAUUGAUUUUAUUUAAUCUCACGUGGCCUGUGCAAUGAUUUCUUAGGAACAUGUUUAUCAUUUUUGAUUGGACAUUGAAUUAUUCUUUUGUGUCCGACUGUUUAGGCACUGCUUAGGUAAUGCACCUGACAGCUCAAUAAUGUUAUAAGGUUAUUGCUAUAGAUAAUAUAUAUCUUUUUUAUUAAAAUAGAACUCAUAUUCAC